UCAACUCAAGUCAGUCAGUCAGUUGUGCGACUCGUGCGCUUGUGGUUAAGCGUUAACUUUGGAUUGACUAGUGAAAACUGUAGACAAGGUUAAAACUUUUUCUUAUACUUUCUGUCUGUAAAAAUGUAUAUCGUAUCAAAUUUUGUGAAAGUUACUGUACCAAACUAUUUAUCUGGAUUACCUAUACCAGAUUCAUUCGGCGGAUGGUUCCGUUUAGGAGUAAAAGAUUGGCUUGCUUUGAUUCCCCCUACAAUUGUGAUUGGGGGCAUAAGUUAUUACUCGUAUCAAACUAUAAAGCAAGCAAGGGCCAUGGGACGAAUCAACCCAAUGAUAAGGUUACAUGAGAAGAAGGUUGUGGAUUUUAUUGAAAUUGAGGACAUUGGUGAAAAAAUGUCCUUAUGCAGAUGCUGGAAGAGUAAAAAAUGGCCCCUCUGUGAUGGUGCUCAUGGCCCUCACAACCGAGCUACUGGAGACAACAUUGGUCCUGUUGUUAUCCGCAGAGUUAAACCAGAGGAAUACAAGUAAUUUUGUAUUGAUAAAAGCAAGGCUUGUAUUGAUACACAGCCUUUUAAUGCAGGGUGAUAUUUAAUGUGAUUACUUAAUAUAUUUGUGUUAAAUGUAUGUUACUUAGUAAAAAUUUGUUACCAUUUAUUAUCAUUUUUAUAGAGAUAAGGUUAUCCAUAUACAAUUGCCUUUUAUAAAAGCAAAGAAUAAAAGUAUUACUUGCCAAUAUUUAAUUAUAUAUAAAAUAGUAAAUGUGAAACAUUUAAAAGUAUUAGUCAAAGUAAGAUUAUGUGUGGAGGCUUGACCAAUUUACUUAAAUUUAUUUAUAUAAGUUUUAUGUGAUAUAUUUUGGUGCAAAUAAUUACUAUUACAUUCCUUUACCGACUAAUGUGAAUUAAAGUAAUGAUAUCUAUC